GACUCUGGCUCCCGACGCCCGUCCGCCCGUCGCAUCGCUUCGAUGCCCCCCCUCGCAGUCGACUGCGACUCGCCUCCUCCUCCCCGUUCCCCAUUCGCCCUGAAGGCCUAAACCCUAGCCUCUCUCUCUCCGGGCCCCGGCCGCCGGUCCGCCCUCUCCCCCGCAGGACGCCGGCCGGUGCCUCCUGCCGCCGCCGCCGCCAGCGCCUCCCUCCCGCGGCUGCGCGGCCACCAGCGCCCUGUGCCCCCCCACCCCCCCAAUCGUGAAGGCGACGCCGUCUGCCAGUCUGUACGAGUCGCAGCGCCGCCGGACGGCGCCCACCAGUGCGGCAGUGCCUGCUGCCUCCGGUCUCCCGGCUCCCAGAUCCCGCCGCGGCACCCGCAGUUGUUAUGCCAGUCCCAGUUUGCUGCAUAUGCCCUGAGAUAUGAGAUAGUCCCGUGCAAGGGAUAGGAAAGAUGGCAUCAAAAGGUCCCCGGUCAAAGCUAGAUCACGAGACAAGAGCUAGACGUCAGAAGGCUCUUGAAGCUCCAAGAGAGCCUCGAAGGCCAAAAGUUCAUUGGGACCAUGUCCUUGCUGAGAUGGUCUGGCUGGCAAAGGAAUUUGAUUCUGAGAGAAAAUGGAAGUUGUCCAUGGCUAAAAAGAUUGCUCAAAGAGCCAAUAAGAGCAUAGUUGACCAAGCAACAAAGGGCGAGAGAAAGCAGAAGGAGGAGGAACAUAGAAUGAGAAAAGUAGCCCUUAAUAUUUCUAAGGAUGUGAAGAAGUUUUGGAUCAAAAUAGAAAAGCUGGUUGUCUAUAAGCAUCAACUGGAGCUUGAGGAAAGGAAGAAAAAGGCCCUUGAUAAGCAACUUGAUUUCCUAUUAGGUCAGACUGAAAGGUAUUCAACAAUGUUGGCUGAAAACCUUGUGGACAUGCCCUAUCCCCAAAAACUAGAAAACGUAACUUUGCAAACAAAUCAAUCAUCACAUAUGGAGGAAGUAGCAGAAGAGAACAUAAAUGCAUCAACUCCUGAUGAUCUUGAUAACAUGGAAUUGGAUGAUGAUUAUGAGAGCUCCUUGGAUGAAGAGCCAGAAGAUGAUGAGCGCACAAUUGAUGAGGAUGAAGCUCAGAUCACGGAAGCUGAGCGCAAUGAAGAAUUAGCUGCUUUACAGGCAGAAGCUGACCUACCACUGGAUGAAAUACUAAAGAUGUACACAGAAACCAAAGUUCAAUAUUUCUCAGUUAGCAGGGAAAGCAGUCCAGAUGUCAAAGACAAUUUAAGUAACUUAGAUUCGAAGAAUUUUAUUGUAGAUUAUUCAAACCAGGCUAAUGGCUGUGAUCAUGAAUCUGCUCACUCUUCAAGUGACGAAGGCAAUUCUUCUGAGGAAGUGGACGAUGGUCAUUCUUAUGCUGAGUUUGUGAAGAAGAAUCAUGGAAAAAGUAAUGGAAAUAUCUCGUCUGUCGAUGAGCAGGAGGAUGAAGAUUAUGUUGUUGCUGAUGAGGGAAAGGAUGACGAAGCAACUUUAUCUGAAGAGGAAGAGUUGGCAAAGAAAGAAGACCCUGAUCAUCUGGAAGAGAUUAAGUUACUGCAGAAGGAGAGCGAGAUCCCACUAGAAGAACUUCUUGCGAGGUACCAAAAGGAUGGCUAUGCAGAUCAUGGUACAACAGAGUUGGAGAAUUCACCCAGUAUUGUUGAAGAGGUCAAUACUGACAUGUCUGUGGAUGAUCAAUCCGCAAACAUUCUGAAUGUGAACAGUGAUACAUAUGAGGAUCACCAAUCCAUGGAUGCGCUGGAAUCUGAGCAUAAUGUGAGUACUAAUGCUCUAGAAUCAGAAACAGCAUCAGAGCCUUGUGUGCAAGAAUUUUUUUUGGAAGAGAAUAAGCUCACUGAUGUUAAGACAGUCAAUGGAGAUAAGAGUGAUGGUGUAAUUGCUGAUGCUGCGGCUGCUGCAAGGUCAGCACAACCAACUGGUAACACCUUCUUGACAACAAAAGUGCGCACAAAGUUCCCCUUCCUUCUUAAGCAUUCUCUUCGUGAAUACCAGCAUAUAGGGUUGGAUUGGUUGGUUGCUAUGUAUGAGAAGAGGCUUAAUGGAAUUCUAGCAGAUGAGAUGGGCUUAGGGAAGACAAUCAUGACUAUCUCCUUGCUGGCACACCUUGCAUGUGAUAAGGGGAUAUGGGGUCCACAUCUUAUCGUUGUGCCGACCAGUGUUAUGCUAAAUUGGGAGACUGAAUUUCUCAAGUGGUGUCCUGCUUUUAAAAUACUGACUUAUUUUGGAAGUGCAAAGGAGAGAAAGCAGAAACGUCAGGGCUGGAUGAAAGCAAAUUACUUCCAUGUAUGCAUCACAACAUAUAGGCUUGUUGUUCAGGACUCUAAAGUAUUUAAGCGAAAAAAAUGGAAGUAUCUAAUUCUUGAUGAGGCUCAUCUGAUAAAGAACUGGAAAUCACAGAGAUGGCAGACUUUGCUUAAUUUUAAUUCAAAGCGACGGAUUCUUUUGACUGGAACUCCUUUGCAAAACGACCUGAUGGAACUUUGGUCUCUCAUGCACUUUUUGAUGCCUCAUGUAUUUCAGUCUCACCAAGAGUUCAAGGAUUGGUUCUGCAAUCCUAUUUCAGGAAUGGUGGACGGCCAAGAUAAAGUUAACAAAGAAAUUAUAGAUCGAUUGCACAAUGUCCUUCGUCCAUUUAUACUGCGUCGACUGAAACGGGAUGUUGAGAAACAGUUGCCAAAGAAGCACGAGCAUAUCAUAUAUUGCCGACUCUCUAGAAGACAAAGAAACUUAUACGAAGAUUUUAUUGCUAGCUCAGAGACACAAGCAACACUUGCAGGUGGGAAUUAUUUUGGGAUGAUUAGUAUCAUUAUGCAACUUAGAAAGGUUUGUAACCAUCCAGAUCUUUUUGAAGGUCGCCCAAUAAUAAGCUCGUUUGACAUGGCAGGGAUUAACAUGCAGCUCAGCUAUUCUGUUUGCAUGCUCCUUGAUAAGAGUCUAUUUUCUCAGGUUGACUUAUCUCAUAUGAAUUUUGUGUUUACUCAAAAUGAAUAUAGCAUGACUUCCUGGGAAGUUGACGAGGUCGUUGAGGCUUUUUCUCCAAGCAUCACUUCCGUGUGCUCUGGUCCGGAGAUUUUUUGCUCUAAUAAGGAUCAUCAGGCAAGUAAUGUAACAAAUAUUUUUGAAGAUAUUCAGAAAGCUCUACGGGAGGAGAGAAUAAAAGAAUCCAGAGAAAGGGCAGCUUCCAUUGCAUGGUGGAAUAGGGUGCGGUGCCAAAAGAGGCCUGUCUAUGGCACAAACAUGAGAAAGGUUUUGACUGUAAAGCAUCCUGUAUUGGAUGUUCUUGAGAAGAGGAACAACCCUUUCUGCCACAUGGAUUUUUCAUCAAACCUUGCAGAUCUUGUUCUUCCAUCUGUGGAACGCUUUCAGAAAAUGCUUGAUAUCGUUGAAUCAUUUACAUUUGCUAUUCCUGCUGCACGAGCUCCUACCCCUGUUUGCUGGUGCAGCAAAGGGAAGUCUCCUGUUUUUGUUGAACCGGCAUAUAGAGAAACAUGCAUGAAUGAGUUUUCUCCCAUUCUCUCUCCUAUACGACCUGCGAUUGUUCGUCGUCAAGUCUACUUUCCUGACAGGCGUUUGAUCCAGUUUGAUUGUGGGAAGUUGCAGAAACUUGCUAUUCUGCUGAGGCGUUUGAAGCCAGAAGGGCACAGAGCCUUGAUAUUUACUCAGAUGACUAAGAUGCUUGACGUCUUGGAAGAGUUCAUAAAUUUAUAUGGAUAUACAUAUUUACGGUUAGAUGGUUCUACCCCGCCAGAAGAGAGGCAGACUCUAAUGCAGAGGUUCAAUACUAAUCCAAAGUUUUUCCUUUUCAUUUUGUCAACCCGUAGUGGUGGUGUGGGAAUCAACCUAGUAGGUGCGGACACUGUCAUCUUCUAUGACAGUGACUGGAACCCUGCAAUGGACCAACAAGCGCAAGACAGAUGUCAUAGGAUUGGUCAAACUCGUGAAGUUCACAUAUAUAGACUCAUUAGUGAAAGCACUAUAGAGGAGAAUAUUCUCAAGAAAGCAAAUCAGAAACGAGCUCUUGAUGAUCUAGUGAUACAGCGCGGUAGCUACAAUACAGAAUUCUUCAAGAAACUUGAUCCCAUGGAAUUCUUUUCUGGGCAUACGUCUUUUCAUAUAGAAGAACAGCAGAAGGACUGCUCUAUGGCUGCUGGAUCUUCAAAUGAUGUGAGUCUGGCACUGUCAAAUGCAGAUGUUGAAGCAGCUAUUAGACAAGCAGAGGAUGAAGCUGACUAUAUGGCUCUCAAGAAGCUGGAGCAGGAAGAAGCUGUCGACAAUCAAGAGUUCAGUGAGGAGGUUGCUGGAAGACUAGAGGAUGAUGAGUUUGUAAAUGAGGAGGAUGUAAAACCCGACGAACAUUUUAACGAGGAACAUAAAUACAACUCUUCUGAUGUCGAUAAGGAUAAGAAUAUCGCUUUGCCUAUCAAUCAAUUAGAUGAAGAAAAGGCUCUUACAUUGGCUGGUGGUGACGAAGAUAUCGACAUGCUCGCUGAUGUGAAACAGAUGGCUGCAGCAGCUGCUGCAGCUGGACAAGCAAGUUCGUCUUUCGAAAAUCAGCUCCGGCCUAUUGAUAGAUACGCAAUGCGUUUUAUGCAACUCUGGGAUCCAGUAAUCGACAAAGCUGCUGUAAAUCAUCAGGUAAAUAUUGAAGAAGAAGAAUGGGAGCUUGAUCGUAUUGAAAAACUCAAAGAGGAUUUAGAAGCAGAAAUUGAUGAAGACCAGGAACCACUUUCUUAUGAAUCAUGGGAUGUUGAUUUUGCUACUACUGCCUAUCGCCAACAUGUUGAGGCUCUGACUCAAAAGCAGUUGUUGGAAGAACAGGAAAGACAAGCUCGUGAAGCGGAAAAAGAGUUAGAGGAAAAGAAUGAUAAUAUGAGCAUUCACCACAGAAAGUCAAAAAAGAACAAAAAGAAGACAGGAAAGUUUAAGUCCCUGAAAAAGGGGCGUUUGUCAUCUGAGUCAGAGGUCAUACUGGAGGAAACGUCUGUAGAUACAAUGAGCAUUGAUGACAAUGCACCCUCACCUGAGGUUAUAAGUGAUGAAUCGCUACACCAUUAUUCUAACAAGCGUAAGAAGAUAAUGUCUGCGACCGAGGAGCAAAACAGCGACAGCAGAAGUUUGAAGAAGCUCAAGAAAGCCCCUAAAUCAAAUUGUAUCUCGGAAGCCUUGUCACCUAAGCACUUGCUUGCAGGCAAGCAGCUUAAGUUGAAGGAGGAGCUCAAUGAUUCUGACCCAAAAUCAGCAACUAGAAUUAAGAGUGAUGGCAGAAUUUCCGUCCCUUGCAUGCCAGUAAAACGUAUCAUUUUAAUCAAGCCCGAGAGACUGAAAAAGAAGGGACUAUGGUCUCGAGAUUGUGCUCCAGACUCAUGGACAUCUGAGGAAGAUGCAGUUCUUUGUGCAACUGUACAUGAGUAUGGUCCUCUUUGGGAGCUGUCCAGUGAUUUUCUUCAUUCCUUACCAGGCGGGGCAUUUUAUAAGGGAAGAUAUCAUCAUCCUGUGCAUUGCUGUGAGAGAUACCGAGAACUAUUCUGCAAACAUGCCAUGUCGGCAACAGAUAAUUCAAACAAUGAAAAGGUUCCUUCUGGAACUGGAAAGGCUAUACUGCGAAUAUCUGAGGAUCAAACUCAGAUGUUGGUGAAUGUGACCAGUGGACUUCCUAACAAUGAAUUACUUCUCCAGAAACACUUUAUGGCCGUACUUUCAUCUGUUUGGAGAUCAAAAUGUUGCCGUGAUUCCCAGUGUGUUAUGAGUACUUACUCUAGUGCACUCCAUAUGGUUUCUCCUGCUAAGAAGCCUGGUGGUGAGAACUGGUCCAUGACAAACUUUAGACCAAGCUUCAAUCUAAUUAGGACAGCCCUUACAGAUGCUCAUGUUCAAUGUACACAAAUGGUGAUUGCACCACCAACGAGAAACCAGGAAUACCGUCGGAACUAUUUGGAGUUAGAGUUGGAUUUCCUGACAGAUCGACAUGGUUAUGAGGAAGACUUCCCGUCUAUAGUAAAUGUGUCCAUACUAGAACCAGAACCACUUAAACAGGCUGUGGAACCAGUGGAACAAUCAUUACUGUCUGCACUUUCUUGUAGACAAGCAGAGAACCGACUCAGGAUAGCAUCAGAAGCUUGUUUCGAAGGUGAAGGUUCUCAUUGGGCAUCAUCAGCUUUCCACAUAUAUGAUGCUGCUCGGCACAAAUCUGGUCCAAAGUCCACAGGAAAGCACAAAGCAGCAUCAGAAUCUGGAAGACUUCCCAAAUCUAAAAUCCAGAAGAUUACUGAACCACAUCAGGAAGGGCCAAUUGGCAUGAAGAAUUUUCUCCGGGCGCCUGGUCAACUAUUGCAAAGUACAGCUGAGUUUCACAUUAGCGAGUCCCUAUCUGACUUUGGUAUCAGUGAUUCUGAAUUCACCUACUCUGAGGAUCUCUCUCAAGAGGCUGACCUCCUUGAGUUCCUCCCAUACCAGGAUGACCCUGAUUUCCUUCCUGGUAUUGAGUUAGAACCUCUUUCAGAUUUGACAGACAUUGGAUGAAAAUGAAUGAACAAGUUGUUCCGGGUGCUCCUAUCAAGAGAAGAUUGUCUCUGGGAGGAGGAUACAGAUUGAGUUGCUCAGCCAUGCAUAGAUGUGUUGCAAGCUUGAUCAAGGUUGGCUAGGGCAAAGCUGUUGGCUUGGUGAGGUCAGGUUGAUCUGACAAGCUUGGAUGAUGGGUUUGCACUAAUGGAGGCAUUGGGUAAUUUCCAUACAUCAGGUACCAACAGAGAAGGGGAAAGAGGCCCUCAGCAUCACCCAUUCGUUGCUGUUUUUCAUAUUUUGAUCAUUCGCUGUGUGAGGGUUGUUUGGCUACCUUUGGCACUGGAAACAUCUCAGAUGUCAAGUUGGUUGCAUCCCGGUAUCAGGAAUUUAGGAUGGGGUGCCAAUAUAGCUUCAAAAGAAUGAUCAGAGUCAAUUACAGUUUAUGGGAAGCACUAUCUGGUUAAGAAAUCAAUGCUUGGGAUCAAUAUCUCGUCAGGAUUGGUGUUCCUGUUUUACUUGAGGAACACACAGUUUCUUGUUUGAUUGUGAUCCUGGAGGCAUUUUUUUGGAUUCAAGGGCUUCGUCCAUGGGAAGGAGUGUGACCCACAGGUACGUGUUGUAUGUAAAAAAAUCAAAGUAGCAAUAGCCUUCAGUUUGUUGUUUGAAUACGCUGGCUUAUAUGUUAUGCCUGUCAAUAGCCUUCAGUUUGUUGUUUGAGGCGAGGGGUAGGGGACAACUGCGGACUGCUGCAGUUCUAGAGAUUAAUGUUAGCGUCUCCAUAAUGAUUUGGCAAGUCGCUGUUCCGUCACCGCUAGCAGCGCCGAGAUCAACUAAUGGUUUAUUAUCUUGCUCAAACACGAUUUGGAGGCUCCCUGUAUUCAGUCUUCAGCUCGGGAUCUGCAAGAUGACUGAUUUGACCUAUGCAUCCAGCUUGGGAGGGGUCCGCUUUGCUGAAAUAUCAAUUCUUUAUGCUUUCACGGUAUGUUCCGCAACAGAUUUAGCAGCUGCCAUGAGUUCGUCUGUUCUUGUAAAGCCCCAAUUGUCCUGAUCCGUCAGGUUGCAAGGCACGAGAAUUUUAUGUAAGCAUGAUCUACGCCUGAAUACGGUAAACCAAAUUUACGCCGAGAAACCAUGGCCUGUUUGGUCUGCAA